AUGCGUUUGCCAACCCUCCUCUACCUUCUCUCGGCCGUAAGCGCCCAAUAUUUCGACGGCAGCACCGUGGGCGGCGUCAUCACCGUGACAGACGAGCCCUCCGACUGCAUGACCGCGCAAUGGGAACUAACCACCUACUUCCCGACUCCCACGGGCCCUCUCCGCGACGCUCUAUCGACCUACAGCCGCACCAAGAAAUUCACCGCCGAUCUUUGCACCAGGAGCGCCGAUCUCCCAGCUUCCCUCUCCGACGAGAUCAAUAGCUACCAUUCUUCCAUGGCCGUAUGGUACUCGGCCAAUCUGACCAUGCUUGACGCUUUUGCUACGAGGUGCCCCCUGGCGGCGAACGAUAUGUCGUCGAUUGGGGCGUUUGCGACAAUUUGUCAUGUGGGUGGCUAUGGAGGUGAGAAGGCAGAAAGUGGAGCUACGGCCACUGGUGGUGCUGCCGCUACGGGAUCGAAGAAUGCGGGGCCGAGGGAGACGGGGAUGGUGGCGGGCGCUUACUUUGUUGCUGGUGCGGUUGGUGUUGCUGCUGCUGUCCUUUGA